GGACUGACCAAUGCCGGUACUCCCCACCGUCAAGGCCGCGGACCUACGCAGACCCUACCAGGCGGCUGGAGCUUUAUUUCCGCCCGAAGGAUCCGUACUGCCACCCGGUGUGUGCCAACCGCUUCCCUGCCACCAGCCUGCUGCUCAGGGUCCGCAGGUGCAGACACAAGGCCGAGGGUCCCGGAGACCCAGCCUCACCCCACAGCGGGGACGGAGACUUUACAUACGAACUGGAAAUCCUGGGGCUUAUCGGGACCACGUAUAAAUUUCAGGGAAUGUCAGAUUUCCAGUUUCUGGGCAUACACAGUGCGUCUGAUGGAUCCUCAGUGUCCAUGUAUGAUAAAGUUCUCCUGCGGAAACCGGAGCACAAGGAGUUUUUUGACCAGGAUUUGCCACUGUAUGUGCCUCCUCCCAUCUUUUCCCGUCUGGAUAACCCCGUGGAUUAUUUCUACCGGCCGGACAUCCAGCACAGGGAGGGCUACCAUCCUCCCAAACUGUCUAAUGAAAACCUGAUCGGGCUGGGCCGUGCCCGGCGCCCGCACAACGCUAUAUUUGUGAACUUCGAUGACCCUGAGAUUCCGUCCGAGCCUCUGGAAGCCGCCGUCCAGAACUGGAGGAAGUUUAACACCCAGGCUGCGGACAACAGGGCCGAGGACGACCUGGGCAAGCUGUUCAAGAUCCGACCCAUCUGGUCACGAAAUGCUGUGAAGGCGAAUAUCGACAUCCACCCCGACAAGCUGAAGGUGCUGCUGCCUUUUGUUGCCUAUUACAUGCUGACCGGCCCCUGGCGCAGUCUCUGGGUCAGGUUUGGCUACGAUCCAAGGAAAGACUCCAAAGCCAAGAUUUACCAAGUGUUGGAUUUCCGGCUCCGAUGCAGCACCAAACAUGGGUACCUGCCAUCGGACAUGCCGGUAAAGGCCAAACGCAGCACGUUCAACUACAGCCUCCCCAUCACCGUCAGCAAACCAGCCCCACAGGUGGUGAGUAUACAGGACCUGAACCAGGCUCCUCGCACUCCCACCAACUCCCAGGGGGUGUGGCCCAGCUCCUGCCGGUACAAACUCAAGGAAUCUGCCUACAAAUUCCAUGAGGACACCCUCCCACCUUACCGGCAGAUGUUUUACCAGCUGUGUGACCUGGAUGCAGAAAGCUUACAGGUGAUCAUUCACCGUAACGAGGGCCAGGAGGUGGAGUGCAGUGAGCGGGACGGGUGGUGUCUGCCCAAGACCAGUGAUGAGCUGCGCGAUCGGAUGGCGAAUAUGAUCAAAGAAAUAUGUCGCAAGAACAGACCAGGGACAGUGUCAAUCUGUGCGGGGAACAAGCCUUCGUUCCCAACGGAGCGAGUGGCGGGUGAAUCUGGGGAGGACGAAGAGGAGGAGGAAUAUCAGCCGUCAGAUGGGAGUGAAAAUGAAAUGGAGACUGAAAUCCUGGACUACAUGUGAUUGUGUCGCAAUCAUCCUAAAUGGGGAGUGAAUACUCACAUCCAUCCUUCGGAUGAGACAUUAAACCGAAGUCCCAUCUGUGCCUGUUCAGGAGGACUUCAAAGAUCCCACCGCGCUAUUCGAGAAGCAAAGGGAGUUUGUCGCUCCUGAUGCCCUGGCCAACAAUCCCCCCAAAUCAAAUUGGUCGCUCUCUCCAUGGCUAUUCGUGGGACAUUGCUGUGUGUGUCUGCCGUGUUGGUCCAUAAAAUACAGUCACUGAAGGUUACGGUAAAUCCUGGGAAGCGUUUUAGACAUGAAAGGCCCCGUAUAAACUGUGAAGAUUAAUAUAAUAACAUCUGGUGUGUAUUUCACACUUAUUUCACGUGACAUCCUCCACUAGGGAGGCCAGUAAUUACAGCAGGCCUGCUGCAGAUCACAGGGUGAGUAGAGGUGUGAGUGCACCUGCACUGCGCUCUGCUUUCCCAGUGUUAGCAGCACUGCCUUGAGCUGAUUCCGUUUGGAGUUAGUGGCUUUCUGCAUCGAUAGGCCUUUGACCUUUCCCUGAGGGGUUUAUAUUUUGUCUGUGUCUCAGUAUUUUCCAGUGGCACAAACAAAGUGACGUGACAAAAUAUAAAUGAAAAACGAGAUGAUGUACCUGAAUUUUUUUUAUUGUACUUUAUCUGUAAUAAAUUUACACAUUUGUUUUUCCAAA